UGUUGUGCCCUCCAGGUGUGUGAUGCCCACAUGCGCAUCGUGGACAUCGAUCCCCGUUUCCCCGGAUCGUGCCACGACUCCUACGUGUGGAGGCACUCACCACUGUUAGGCCGCCUCACACGUAACCUGCGACGUGGAGAAUGGGUGCUUGGAGACUCGGGCUACCCUCUUGAGCCAUGGCUGCUGACUCCUGUGCCAGGCCAUCCAGGCAUUGACACUCCGGAGGGGCGCUACAACCAGGCCCAUGCCUCCAUGAGGAACGUUGUGGAGAGGGCUAUUGGCGUCUUGAAGGCAAGGUUCCGGUGCCUUCAAAGGUACCGGACACUCCUUUACGAGCCCAAGGAUGCAGCCACAAUCGUGGCAGCCUGCGCCGCUCUCCACAACAUUGCUUUGAAGGCAGGGGAGCCGGAGCUGCAGGACAGUGAUGAGGAGGCUGACGACAACCAGCCACCGCUGCAACAGGGCUUGCCUGUGUCUCAAGGGCACCACACCUGCCGGCAAGAAACGCCCAGAGAGCUGCUGAUGAGGGCGAAGCAGAUGAGGAGCCAGGUUGUCAACCUGUUCUCUGCGGCCCCUAGCUGGCGUACCACUCACCUGCGUGUGCUGCAUCGUCGGCUGAGGCAGCAACAGCAGCCUCGUCGCGCGGCUCAACCGUAA